AUGACGGAACCUUUGAGCAUCACUGCCUCCUUACUGGCCGUUACUACAGCGGCUUUACAGUCAUCGAAGUCUCUCUAUAACACUGUCAAACGCUUCAAAGGUCGCGACAAAACAUUACGACGACUUCAGGGUGAACUAGAGGACCUGACCAAUAUUUUGGCCUCGUUGACGCAGGUCAUGACCGCUGAGCAGUCAAUUUCCACACUUCUCCGAGGUCCUGUUGAACGCUGCGACCAAGUAUGCCGUGAGUUCCAGCAAGCAAUGGAAACUUUCGGAGGAAAGCCAAAGACAGGCGUUCUAGACUGGGCGAAGAUGGAAUUUAUGAGAGGGGGGAUACAGGACUUCAUCGAUUCGCUUGCAAGCUACAAGUCGACGAUCUCAGUGGGGAUUUAUAUGUCUCAUACGUCAAAAAUCUCGGACCAGGUUCUCCAAGAGUAUAAUGAGAUAGUACAAGACACGGCAUAUGACCUUGAGCUGCAUCUGAGACGAAUUGAGGAGAAGAUGACGCAAAUCAACGUCCACAUUGCUCCUGCAUCGAGUGUGGAUGUAGACCUGAAAGACGAAAGAGAAGUUACUCAGCAAUGCCUUCGUAUCUGCGAAGAUGCGAAGUCUUAUAUCAAAUCCAUAAUGGACCGAGAAUCGACUCUGCUUCCACAGCCGUCCCAUGACGGUGAUGAAGAUCAGCCCUUUGAAGCGCGGACGCGAACGCGUGACGCGCUGAAUGGGAAUCAAGACAAAUUUGCGGAAACCAUCGAUUACCUUCGCACACGCCUAGACGUCUUACUUCAGCAAGGCGAUGUGGGAAACGACGCCGAAAGAUCGCGGUUGCAAGCCGACAUCGAUCUUUCAAAGCAAUGUCUCGACGUCUGUAAGGUGGCAAGCGAAGUCUCACGACAGACAGUGUACAGAAUCGGGGAGGUCAUCGCCGAAGGUGACAGCGAUCAAGUUGUGGUAAAUACUUUGGCCGAUUUAUUCGAUAUAAAGAAAGCUUUUGCCAAAGACAAUGCGGCACAGCUGGUUGGCUCAAUGACCGCCGAAAGUCUUCGAGACCUGGCAGACAAGCGCUACGGCAGUCGUUCUGCAAUCUUACAUUCCGGUCGCGUUGACGACAGCAUCGCCAGCUCGCCUGCGAUUCACGAAGUCCGAACGAGUCGACAUACUACCACGACUCGAACGGACAAUUCUGAGCAAUCUCCAGGACUACGAUCAAAACAAUUGAGGCCAACGGCGAACGAAAUCAAAAAAAGGCAGACAGACGAUGUGACCGACUCAGGGCGGCAAUGA